CUUCCUUCCCCAUCCAACGCUGCCGCCAAAGAACAACAACAUUAUGCUUACGCUGCACAGCUGGUUACUCUAACGGUGCUACCGAUGACGCUCCAAGCAGUGUUCGAGCUCGGCGUGUUCGAUAUCUUGGCGAAGGCUGGGGAUGGGGCAGAGCUCUCCGCGGAACAGAUAGCUGGGGAGAUAACAAAUACGAACCCGGAUGCGACGUCGAUGAUUGAUCGGAUGUUGAGGCUUCUAGCUAGCCACAUGGUUGUGGGAUGCUCUGUGGGGUUCGAUGAAGAUGGGAAAAUGCAGAGACUUUAUAGCCUUAAUCCGGUUUCUAAGUAUUAUGUUCAUAAUGAAGAUGGAGUCUCUGUGGCUUUUAAUUUAUCCUUGAUUCAAGAUAACGUCUUCCUUCGUAGCUGGAGUGAGCUGAAGAAUGCAGUUAUUGAAGGAGGAAUUCCUUUCAAUAGGGCUCAUGGAGUUCAUGCCUUUGAAUACUCUAGCUUAGAUCCAAGAUUUAACCAAGCUUUCAAUGCUUCAAUGAGAAAUCACACCACCAUGUUCAUGAAAAAAAUUGUCAAAUCCUACAAAGGCUUUGCAAACCUCAAGCAACUAGUUGAUGUUGGCGGUGGCCUUGGUGUAGGCCUUCAAAUCAUCACUUCCACAUACCCUUCAAUCAAAGGCAUCAAUUUCGACUUACCACAUGUCAUUCAGAAUGCCCCAUCUUAUCCCGAUGUAGAACAUGUUGGAGGAGACAUGUUUGAGAAAGUUCCAAAGGGAGAUGCUAUACUUAUGAAGUGGAUACUUCAUGAUUGGAGUGAAGAUCGGUGUGUGAAGUUGUUGAAAAAUUGCUACGAUGCAAUCCCAGAUGAUGGAAAGGUAAUCGUGGUGGACGCUGUGCAUCCAACAGUGCCUGAAACCACAAGUGCAGCAAGAGCCGUUGCACAAGGCGAUGUGCUUAUGAUGACUCAACUUCUAGGAGGGAGGGAGAGAACUCGCGAUGAAUUCAAGGCCAUUGCUACUCAAGCUGGCUUUAAACGUGUCAUUUUUCAGUCUAAUGUAUGCAAUCUUUGGGUUAUAGAGCUUUUUAAAUUCAUUAUAUCCCAUUAAAGAUCGAUGAUUUCUAAUACUUUUUAUGGCGUAUUUGACGAAUAUUAUUUUAUAGGUAUGGAUAUUAAUUGCGUUUGUAUUUUGAUAUUUAUG